AUGGACUCUCUUUUUGAAAGUAAUCUUCCCUUUAGUACUAUUCCUAUUUAGCAAUAUGGACUAAAUCAAUUGACUCACUACUCUAGAAAUCAAUCUCUCUAAAAAUCUGAUUUUUCACCUCAAUAAAUACUUUUAGAUUUAGGUGAGAUGUGCAAUAUAAGAUAUUUACUCAUUGAAAAUCUUAAAUAUGGAUGUGAAAUCUCAGUAUAUGUCAGCGAAUUCAAAAAUGGCCCUUUUAUUUCAGUUCAUAAUAAACAAUUCUUUCCUUAACAUAAAUUAAGAAGAAUUAAAUUAUCAGCACUUCCAUGCAAAUUUAUUAGAAUUGUUAUUCAUAAAGGAGUUCAUAUUCAAACAAAUCAAAUCAAACUUAUUGGUUCUACAAACGAAAAAUUAGCAGAAGAAGGAUAUUUUAAUGACUUUAAAUUACUAGUCACUAAUCCAUCUAGAAUUAUGUAUUGA